AUGGAAGCCGUUAGACUAUUCCUGCUUAAGGUAAUCCUCACGGCGAUCUUAUUUAACAUCUUUGUAGCUACGAAUGCAAACACAUUAAUACAUAAUAACAUUCCAUCAUCCAGUGCUAGCGAUGUACGCCAUAGAACGCACUUUGAACAUCAUUCUAAUAGAUUAAAACAGUUGAGGAGCUCCAGAAAUUUUCAAGAAAAAAACUGGUCUUCUAAAGCCUCAAACUACAAUGCACUCAAUAGUUUACCACCUUACCUUGUCUAUAAUAGAAAAUUGGGGUCGUACUAUCCCUAUUACCCUAAACAGAACAGCAUCCGAAGAAAUAUGGUGAAAAAUAGGUCAAGGCAGCAGAAGUGGAAUCAUUAA